ACAGAUCCAGUGUGAAAUUUCAGUGUGUAUUGUAGAACUUUGACUAGAAGGAGGUAGAGGUUGGAUUAAAAACAUACUUGGAAAGUAACUUAACUUUCGCACCAAAAAAAAAUUAACUUUCUAAAAGUUGUAAUAAAAAUAGAGUCAACAGUAUUUAAUGUUACAUGCUUUAAGACCGAAAACCACAUGGAAACGAUUCUGUCUCAGUUUGGAGGAAAUCCAUUUGUCACACCUGUUGGACAGAAAAUUGAACAAGCUACAGAUGCUUCAUUAACAUCAGAAAAUUGGGCCUUAAAUCUGGAAAUAUGUGAUGUUAUCAAUGAUACAGAUGAAGGACCAAAAGAUGCCAUCAAAGCUCUUAGGAAAAGAUUACAACAAAAUGCUGGAAAAAAUUACGCUGUUGUCAUGUUCACUCUUACCGUGUUAGAAACUUGUGUCAAGAACUGUGGAAAGAAAUUUCAUGUACUAGUGAUGCAGAGAGAUUUUGUUAUGGACUUGGUAAAAUUGAUUGGGCCAAAAAAUAACCCACCUAUUGUUGUCCAGGAAAAAGUACUUAGCCUAAUACAAAGCUGGGCCGACGCUUUCCGAUCAAACUUAGAGAUGCAAGGGGUUGUACAAGUUUAUGAGGAUUUAAAACAAAAAGGUGUAGAGUUCCCAAUGACGGACUUAGAUACCAUGGCACCAAUACAUACACCAAAAAGAACUAUGCCUUUGGAUCAAGAGCAGCCAAAAUAUCAGCAAUGUUCAUCAAAACCUGAAGGACAUCACCAUAAACAACCAGCAAGUCAUCAGCACCAGGCAACCCCAGCACAAAGUUCACGUCCUAUAAACUUGACAUCUGAACAGUUGGAAAAGCUUAGAAAGGAGCUAGAUGUCGUGCAAGUGAACAUGAAUGUAUUUGGAGAGAUGUUGACAGGAAUAACAUCAGGGAAAGAGGAAGCCAAUGACUGGGAGCUUGUGCAGGAUGUAUGUCAAACUUGUCGAGCUAUGCAGAGCCGUAUAGUAGAUCUGAUAGGCCAGGUUGCCAAUGAAGAAGUUACAAGUGAACUUCUUAGGGUUAAUGAUGAGCUUAACAAUUUGUUUCUUCGAUAUGAACGUUACCAGAAGAAAAAAUCAGGUGUUUGCCAAAAUAAACUAGUACAGUCUCUACCAAAACAGGAAAAUGAAAUGGAAGAAAAACCUCUGAUAGACUUUCGGGACAAUAUCACUAGUAGUGAUGAUAUCCAUGUUCAACUUGCAGGAAUGAGCACAAGCUCAGAUAAUGCUACCAGUGCUGUUAGCCAAAUCACAACAGUAUCAGCUUAUAACAAACUACAACCCUCAAACUUAACAGAAAGUGGUGAAUUUGACAUGUUUGCCCAGUCUCGAAAUGUUUCAUAUGAGCAAAGCAAGAUAAGUGGCAGUACCUAUGAGGACAACAUGAACCUAAAUCAGGUCGAUGGAAGCCUUGGUUUGCUAGCACAUGCUAGGGGCCGUCCUCAAGAGAAAAAAGAGGACUUUGAUGAAUUAGAAAGAUGGUUAGAAAAUAAAGCUGCUAAAGACAAAGCUGAUCAACCUUCUAUUACCAGUUCAGAAUUUGAUAAUUUCUUGGCUGAACGAUCAGCUGAAGCAGGACACCUACCAAUAACAACAACAGCUUCAAAUGCUUCAGGAAAACGGCCCUUCAGUAGAGAUGAAGAAGAAAAUUCUUUGUUUGCCUUAUAAAGUUAUAUCGUUUAGAAAUUACACGUAAUGAGAUCAAACACCAUAAGAUUCUAAACUUCAUGAAAAGUGUUCCAUUACAUUAAAGAUUUUUUGCGUGUAGUUUUUUCCCAAUUUUGGUGUUUAAAAGCUAUAAAGUUAAACGUAUCUUCUAUAUUUUUUGAAGUGUUUGUUUGAUAAUAGUUUAUUGUAUAAAAUUGUAUAGCACUGAAGUAAAAUCUCUGGCAGCAUUAUAGUUUCAAAAUUUUAUUUGUUGAAAACUGUCAUAAUAUUUUCUUUAGUUACAAAUUUUAGUGUUGGAACAUUUCUGUGAUUAUCUGAUCAGUUUUGUUCCUUCAUGGUUAUUUCCAAUUUGGUGUUAAUUUUGAUAAUUAUUUUUAAUUUAAGGAGUUGUAUGAUAAAUGAAUAUGCAGUGUUUUGUAUACAGCAGUGCAUUUUCUUACAAAAUUCAGUUGGCUGGAUUAUGAAAUUUAAGGACAGCAAGUAGAUCAAAUACAUUGGUUUUCACAUGAUAAUUGUCUAAUCAGAAGGGCAUAUUACAUUGUGGUUUAUGCUCUGUAUAAAAAGCCUUUUGAUAAAUGUUGGAGUCUCUUGAAAAAACAUUUUAUAUAGAUCAGGCUACUCUCUCUCAGUAAAGUAAGCAUGAAAAAAGUUGUGUAGAAACAAACUUGUAGUUGUUCAAAUCUACAGUCUGAAUGAAUAAUUAUAUCAGAUCUUCUAGGUGAACCCUGACAUUAGGAAAGACAGCAAAAGUCAUACACUUGAUGAGAAGUAUACACAAGUAUAUUUUCAACUAUUAUACCCCUUUUAGACUUGAAAUAGUUUAUUCUAUUUUUCAAGACAACAUCAUUCCUUAGUACACUAAUCUCUUGGCUUUGUUCUGUAUCUUUUGCUGCCAAACUCCUUCAAGAAAAAUAUAUUUUUCUUAAAUCUUUAAAUGAACAGAACUAAAGUAGUUAACUAGGCUAUGUGGUGCUUCAUUUCAGUACGUAGUUUUAAUAGUAACAUCUGUAAACCAAGACAUUGCUUGCAUAAAUCGUAUUCACGAAAAACCUGAUAAAUGUAUAUGAGUAUCUAACAAUUUUGAUGUUAAAUCUUUAAGAAAUUUAGAUAUAAAGAUUUUCUGAUAUUAAUACGUUUCAAACUUUCAACUGUCAAACUUAUUGUGUAAAAUAUCAGAUCUUUGUCUUUUACAUUUUGUUCUGCAAUUUCCACUUAUACCAUGUACAGUUUCAGCUCUUAGCUGUACGAAAUGUUUUUACUUCUACCAUUUCACAACUUGUCUACUGUUGCAAGCUAUUAACUGUCACACAGCUGUGUUGAAAGUUUCCAUUCUAGCCACUACACAAUUUGUUUCAAGCCUUCAAGUAUAAUGUCACUUUAAUUUUUAAGGUCUUGAGCUUCCUCUCUCUCUUUGUAUAUUUCUUAUGUGUCAGUUUUAUUGUGAUAUAAUCAAAUUUUUAGGGUUACAAUCUUACUUUGUAUCCUUUGGUUCUUGAUGGUAGUCAGAAAAUGGGAACAUUGAUAUGUUUAAGUUCAACUUUAAGAAAAAACUUUUCUAAGCAAAGGAUAUUGUAAUUUUUUUUUCUUUUUUCUUACAGAAUCAUUAGGAGCUUUUUGUGCAUGUACACUGUACUAUACAUUAUAUACUACAUGCUGAUUUGUAACAUUUAGCUGUUACUUACAGUUUGAAUUUGAGCUUCAUAGUUUAUUUACUCUAUAGAAGGUGCAGAUUUUAAAAUCAUUGUAAUUACUGACAUAGCCUUUCAUAAAUGUGGUUUGUUGUGCUGUGGCUUUACUUACCAUUAAGGAUAACAUGAGCUGCUGUCUAAAUUGUAAGGAAUUAUUCUAUUGCUUUCUGAGCUGGUUAACUAAUGUGACUGUAGUUUAGUUUUAAUUAAUAUAGUCUUUCUUAAAGAAGACAAAUUCAGCUGUAACUGUAUUAAUGUAAAAAAACUAGACCAGGAAUUGGAUAUUUGAUUACUUAGCUGAGUAUUUGUUCUGUCUGUAUCAUUUGGUAAACAGCAUAAAUCAAUUGGGAAAUAAAUGUGAUGGUCUAAUAAAGCUCUCAUGUAAACUGUACUUAAUCUACUAGUUUGGUUCUGUUACCUAAACUUAUGUAUGCUACUUUGAGAAUCUAGAAUUGGGGAAUAUGUACUUUAGCAGUAAUUUUCUGGUUAUUGAAUAAAUCUAUGAAAUUAAUAGGUUUUCAUAAGAACAAAAAUCUAACAUUUUCUUCCUUUACCCUUAUUUAUUGUUUUGUCUUUCAGUUCUGUGUUCAAUGCUCAAGAGUGGAAAAUACAAAAUUAAUUCCUAGUGAUUUAAAAAUUUUUGACUAACAGAUUGAAGAACUAUUAUUCUGAAAAUCUUAAGACAAUUGCAUGACAAUACCCAGAUAAUUAAACUCAGUAUAUUACCUCAUUUGUUAUUAGAAAAUUCCAAGUUUAUCAAUUAAUGUAGAAUUAUACAUACUGAACUUAUUAUGAAUUACAACCAUCCUUCUAUUACCAUAUUUUUAUUGAGUAUUUUAUUAAUUAGAAUGUCUUUAAAUUAAGGUUUAGAAUUUAAUAGAAACAAAAAAAAAUUUUUUUAUUCAUAACUAAUUCAAAUUUCUAUUAUUUUUCAAGUAUGUUCACGAAACAAUAGAUAAAAUAGUAAGGAAAACUAGAAGCAAGGGCCAAGAUUAAAAUUCUUCUAGAUGAGAUUAGUUUUGUUUACUCUUGUUAUUAUCCUAUAUACAACUCUAUUUUUGUAAUUAAAAUAGCUAAGUUUAAUGAACAGUAUUUUUGUCAACUUCUUGUAUUAUAAUCUCGAUAAUCUUAUACUUGUAGCAUUUUUAAAAGUACUAUAUCUGUUUUUGCAAAAGGUUGUUUCAAUGGGAGAAAAACUAAAGUAGCUUCUUUAAUUUUAAUGAGAUAAUCUCAAAUUUUUGUUGCUGUAUUGAAGUGCCAAAUGUUUACAAAACAGAUAAUUACAGUAUUUGUAAACCUAAGUUCCAGAAAACCGUACACAACUUUCCUAAAAGAGAAUUACUAUAUGAUGUAUCAGAAAAUUAUUUCUUUAUUUUGAAUUAAACAAGCUAUAUUAUAGACUUGUACUCAUUCUGUAUUGUCUCUUUGUAGUUUUUUGUCAACACUUGUGGACUAUUGUGUUGGGUGUCAAAAUCAUUUGUUAAAUAUAUUUUAUAAUAUUUCUCUUUAAUCUAAAAACUCUUACAGCAUUGUUCAGUGUAAUUUCAUAGCAUUAUAGCUAAAUAUAAAUGUACCGAGUGUUUCAGAAGUCGAAUGAUCGUUAAAUAAUUCUGAAAUGGGAGGGUACUCAAAAAUAGUUAGUGGCAUGGAAUGAGAUGUGGGAGUUUUACUCCCUCAUAAUAUCGUAGAGGUCAUUCAAGGUCAUAUCCUUCAAAACUUGCUACUAGGCAUGAUACACUAAAAGAUGGCGAUUGAAAAGGUGUAGUCAAUAAAAACUGAAACAUUUUGAGCCAAAAAUUACCAAAAUUACUUAACAGUUAUAAGAAUAAAGACAGAUGAAACAUCCUAAAUACUAUUCAAAAAAUGGAGGCAAACAAAUAACAGCAAUCUUCAAUCUGGUGACAUCAUCCACACAGUAGGACAAUAUUAAACUGUUCCUGGUCUACCUACACUGUGUUUAUACGUAAAUUAACCUGUAGUAAGAAGCAACUAACAUUUUUGAUACAGUCUGGCAGCACUUUCCAUAUAGUAGGACCUUGUUAAAAUGUUCAACUUAAUACUGCCCUUAUUUAAAUAGUUUGGGAGAAGCACUGUGCUUGGGUGUUUGUGUAUGUGUUUAACUCUCAUUUUAGAAAAGCAGUUUUGGUAAUAUUUCGUUUAAAAUGUUUCAUUUGUUAAUUUUACACUUUGCCAUUUAUACUUUGCGUAUAUUAAAUUUCCAAAAGAUAUAGCUUUGAAAAUGACCAUGAAUUAUCACAGGUCUGUAUGAUGCCACAUUUCAUACCAUUAACAAUAAUUUUCCUAAACUGUUCCAUUUUUUAAUCAUCCUGUAAAUACAUAUAGUGCCAGAAUUACCCAGUUUAUUAGAAUAACCCUUGUUUGAACUUAUCAUAUAGAGCUUCUUGUUUCAUAUCUAAUGAGCUGUUAUACUUUUCAGUGAAAUUUUAUGAAACUUGAUAAGAAUUUGUUUGUGUUUCCGAAUUUUUGUUGU